AUGUAGGAUUUAAGUAUUUGAGUCUUGCCAAUGGAUUUGACGUGGAUAAGUGCCCUAAUUGUUGGAGCUGCACUUGGAUUCUGCAUUGGCACUCGCCGUUCCAAACCUGUUAUUGCUGCUGUUGAUGGGGAUACCAAAAAUCAAUCCUCCAAGGGUCCUCUCGAAAUCGAGAAACUCGCUGAUAUUCUCGAUGAUUUCAAGAUGGUUUUGGUUGUGAGGAAUGAUCUUAAAAUGGGUAAAGGAAAGAUCGCAGCUCAAUGCAGUCAUGCAACUUUAGGAUUAUACAAAAAGCUUGUUCGGCGAGCGCCAAAAGCAUUGGAUUGCUGGGAGGAAUGUGCACAGCCAAAAGUUGUUGUGAAAAUCGAGGACGAGGACGAGAUGCUAGAAUUGCAAGAAAGAGCUAAAUCCCUUAAACUGCCUACCCAUAUCACCAUAGAUGCUGGAAGAACACAGAUUGCCCCAAAUUCAAGGACGGUUAUGGCUAUUCUUGGACCAGUCGAAGUUGUUGAUGAAGUAACAGGUGGACUAAAGCUUCUUUAGCAGCUUCGAAUUUUCAUAUGACAUCACUUCAACCUGAUCUCUCAGAUGGACCAAGCAGAAAGGAGAGACAUGAACUCCACCUUUUCUCUUCCACCGGGGUUACCUGUGAGAAAUCUAUAGUUGUUACGUUUACUCAUUCUUGAUGAUGACGAAAUAUCCAUUUCAAAACAUUUU